CUCUUUGAUCGACUCUUCAUGUCUGGUCAUUGUCAACAUGGCGCCGCUCACAUCUUCAACACGUGAAUUGUUCAUUGCGGCAAUUCGAGCUGUUUUGGAAACCUGGCCUGUGCUGCAAAUUGCGGUCGAUAAUGGUUUUGGUGGCGCAUAUAGUCAGCAGAAAGCGGAAUGGAUGGUGGACGCGCUACAGCAGUAUUUCAACGACAACGAUGACCUACAGCAGGAUGAAGUGGAGGAUUUCAUCUCAGAAUUGAUGAAUAAUGAAUUUGACACGGUGGUGGAUGAUGGCAGCCUGCCUCAGGUGGCACAGAAGGUGUGUUUGAUGUACCAGCAGUGUCAGCAGGGUGAACUGGCAGAGGUCAGAGAGCAAAUCAGUCUGCUGGCACAGAAAAAGAGCGCUGGAAGGGCAAAGGUCACACCUGCAGAUGAUGAUGAGGAGGAGAGUGAAAAUGAAGAGGCAAUGGAGUGUGAUGGAGCUGGCGAGGGACCGUCAGUCAACAGUACAGCAGUAAUGGAGAAACCACCACCUCAGGCCACAAGUAAUGAGGAAGAGGAUGAUGGCUGGACUGUUGUGCGCAAGAAAAAGUGACUGGACUGUAUGAAUGAGGAUGGAUGAGUUUUUAAGUUAAAAGACAUUUAAGGACUCUGCCUCUGGACUGUUUUCAUUUGCAGCCAUGACAGACUCUUGAAAACCCCCAUUAUUUUGGGUCUGACUGCAAGUUAAAAACACUUAGUCUGCUUUCAGUUUUUGUAGAUCAAAAUGGACAGAUUACCUCACCGAACCUUGGGAGUAUUCUUUCAUACCUUCUUAAUUCAGAGUUAUAUCAUGUUGGCUACAGUCAGACCUUUGCCAAUGAAAAUUCAUUUGCAUAUGCUUUGUAAUUGGUCUGCUUUUAUCAAAGAUGCUAAAUUUAUACAAGUAACAGAGUUUAUUUAAUUGACAGUUCAAGCCUGACCUAUCCAUGCCUGACUUCUUGGAUACCAGUCAUUUAGCCUAUAACUUGUAGUUUUAUGUAUGCUGUGGUCAUUUGCCACCCCCUUGUGGCAAAUGCAGUGCUGGAUUUUAACCCUUGUGCGUCAAUAAUAAAAAUAAAAAAAAAAAGUUACUCAGAGGUCCUUAUAGGACAAAAAUGUCUGUGUCAAAAAACUGCCAUAAUAAUAUUAAAAUUAUUUUCCACUUUCAA